UCUUCUUCUAUUUGUUUUUACCAGCCAUAGAACUCUCCAUAAACUCCGAUCGCAUUUCCAUUUUCACAAAUUGUUUUUCAAAUGUAUCCAUUGUUUCAGACGUCUUUGUCAAAUUUCCCGUAUUCAACGUCAAUUCAAGGGAUUUCACAAUUGAUCCCAUUGAUUUUGUCGUCAAUGUAGUGGAACAUCUAAAAUUUGGAACUUGAAUCUGUUUUAUAAUUCUUUUAUUUUUAUUAUAUCUAUGUGUUGGGUUUUUUAUUCGUCUAUAUUGGAUUAGCAAUGCCUUCGAUUCGUUCUUGGUAAUGCUUGUACAGUUGAAUGCUUCUCGUAACUGUAAGUAGUGUUUUGGACUUUAAGAAUGGAUAGAUGAACUAUAAUCUAAGACUCUAACUUGGUUAAAAUUAAUUGUUACUCUAAUUUGGCUCAUUUAUUUUGUAUAAGCUCUUUAUGAAUUAGAAUUAAGUCUUUCCUCUUUUGAGGGUAUAUAUAAUAAAAUAAGUUGCUUACUACACAUUUCCUGUUCUCGGCUUGGUAGGUUAGAUACUAUCUUCAUAAUUUUUGUUUGCCAUUGUCUAAAAAACAUUGUCUAUAUCGAAAUGCAUCCUAUGCUGGGGUUGAAUCUAGUCGGAGGAUGAUUCCUGUUCUCGGCUUGGUAGGUUAGCUACUAUCUUCAUAAUUUUUGUUUGCCAUUGUCUAAAAAACAUUGUCUAUAUCGAAAUGCAUCCUAUGCUGGGGUUGAAUCUAGUCGGACGAUGAUUCCUAUUCUCGGCUUGUUUGCACAUCUAAUAGAACCCAUCGAAAUCAGGAUGCGAAAUGUUGAAGACUACAUCAAGUCUAUUAAACCCGAGCUGACGGUUCAAGUUGAACCAAUCGAGGAUCCUUAUGGGCCUUCAAUCGAAGAUGAAAAUUUGGAUGCUAUUGUAGCCAGCAAGGAGACGUUACCAGGUGGAUUAUCUGUUAACAGGAAGAGAGACGAGAAAGGCCUACGACAUUUGAAGGUUGAAGUAGUAGAUCUACUCGCUGAAGAAUCCACUGGUGAAAAGUUAAGUUCAACAACACUAAGAAAAAUCGAGGAUGAGAAGGCCAAACAACAACCGUAACCUACAAAUUAGAGACAGGUUCGUCAUCAGAAUCAGAAAGAUAAAGAUAAAGCAAUAAUGUCCAUGUGCUGGAUCACUGAAAUCAACUGUAAGAACAACUUGUUUAAUUCAAAAGAUGGGCUCAUGAGAUGAACCCACUUGGGGCCAUACAAAUGUUGUACCAGAGUAACUUAGGGGUGAGCAUUUGGCCCGUAUUCUGUGAAUUUGACCUGGACCAACCGUAUUUUUGCGGAUGGAUUCCAUACUGGUCGCUAAUGGGUUGGAUGUUGAUUGAAUAAUUGAAAUCCAAAGGAUUAUAGAUUGGGUCGGAUACAACCUUGA